GACGGAGCCAGUCACAACAUGCCAGGGAAACAGCCCCAUCGUGAUUGCGUGCGUCUGACAUCACGGCGCUGAUUUGUCGCCCAUAGCGUGGCCGGGUCGAGCAGGGCGGGAGGCGAGGAUGGGAGGUGGUCGGCUCCUGGUGGUGCUCGUCGUGUUGUUUCUGUGCUGCGGGGUUCCGUCCGAUGGACAAAAGAAGAAAGAGACACUUCUAUCUGAAAAAGUUGGGCAGUUGAUGGAAUGGGCAAACAGACGAGCUGUAAUCCGGAUGAAUGGAGAUAAGUUCCGUCGAUUUGUGAAGGCUCCACCGAGGAAUUACUCUAUUGUGGUGAUGUUCACUGCUUUGCAGCCACAGCGCCAGUGCACUGUUUGCAAGCAAGUGGAUGAAGAAUAUCAAAUCCUGGCCAACUCCUGGCGUUACUCAAGUUCAUUUGUAAAUAAACUUUUCUUUGCUUUGGUGGAUUUUGAUGAAGGAUCUGAUGUAUUUCACCAGCUCAAUAUGAAUUCUGCUCCAACAUUCAUGCACUUCCCAGCUAAAGGGAAACCAAAGCGAGCAGACACUUACGAGCUUCAAGUUCGAGGAUUUGCAGCUGAGCAGAUUGCACGCUGGAUUGCUGAUCGGACAGAGAUAAAUAUUCGUGUGAUAAGGCCACCUAACUAUGCUGGUCCUUUGAUGCUGGGAUUUUUACUUGCCAUAAUUGGUGGACUCGUGUAUCUAAGGCGGAAUAACCUUGACUUUCUCUAUAAUAAAAAUGGCUGGGCUUUCGUUGCUUUGUGUUUUGUACUUGCAAUGACCUCUGGUCAGAUGUGGAAUCACAUCCGAGGUCCCCCAUAUGCACAUAAGAACCCUCAUAAUGGUCAAGUGAGUUACAUUCAUGGAAGCAGUCAAGCACAAUUUGUAGCUGAAACGCACAUUGUUAUUUUGCUGAAUGCCGCUAUAACAUUAGGUAUGGUAUUACUUCAUGAAGCAGCCACAUCUGAUAUGGAUAUAGGCAAACGAAGAAUUUUAUGUGUGGCGGGACUAGGACUGGUUGUGUUUUUCUUCAGUUUGAUGUUGUCCAUUUUCAGAGCUAAAUAUCAUGGAUAUCCAUACAGCUUUCUUAUAAGUUAAUCCUGGAGAAACGGGCAGAAGCUGAAAGAACAGCACAACACCGCACCGUAGUAUGAGAAGUUGAAAUUAAACAUCAAAUUGAGCAGUUUGUUAUAUUCCAGAAUACCUCCUAAUAUAAUUCCAUUUGAGGUCUCUCAGAGGAAGACUUGAACCAAAGAGAGCCUGUGGUGCCUUAGGUUUUUGUUGGCCAACAAAAAAAAACUUUAAAAAAAAAGUAGGUAUUUACUAAUAAGAUUUUGGGUGUUAUUGGGGCAAAAUAGAAAAUUAUCAAAAAUUAAUCUGCAGCUUUUUUUUAAAAAAAAAAGUAAUUUCUGUUGAAUGAAGUGCCUUAAAUGGAAUUGUUCCAAGAUUCAGGUCUUAAAGGGCUGAUUUGCAUAUGGUUGAACUUGUGAAGUGUGAUUUUUGUUCUGAAAUAUUUUAAGUUGACUUAAUAUCACAUUUCAUGGUGUAUAUUAUGUCAACUUCUUUAGCAUACACUGUGAACUUGGCUAUUAUUAACAUUUACAAUAAAGUGAUAACUUGAUGCCCAUAGUAUUUUAAUGACCAGGUCAGUGCUUCAAUCUCUAAAAUUUAAUUUUUUCACAGUCCACUUUGUGAUCAUCUAGGUAAAAUGUUAAGACAUUGAAUGUUGAUUCUGUGAAAAAUUUAUGAUGCAAAAUGUUACUACAACUUGGAUAAAAACAAGAAAUGAAAACACAAAAUGCUGGAAAUACUCAACAAAUUGUCAACCUGAAAUGUUGACUCUUUCUCUCUCCAUGGAUGCUGCCUGGCCUGCUGAGUAAUUCCAGCACUUUGUUUUUAUUUUGGAUUACCAGCAUCUGCAGUUUUUUUAUUUGUAUUUUUCAGAAUAAAAGUGUGCAUGUGUGGUGCAUCUUGAUGUCUGGAUUCCUAAACAAAGAUGUUAGUUGCUAAAAGAUCAUGAAAAAGCAGAGUGAAAUAUAAACUUAAUCCUCAACUUUUAUAUUAGAUGUAAUUCAUAUAACUAGCUACUUCUAAACAUUUUAGUUAGAUUUAAUUUUUGUUCUUCAUUUCUGAAUGCAUUUGUGUUUGCUAUGUGAAGCAUCACAGGAAUGAAAUUAAUUGUUAUACCCAGUGCAAAUCAUGCAAUACCGUUUCAAAUAUAGCUGAAGUUUGCCACUUCACAACAUAAUACAGUCAACACUGCUAGAAGUAUACAUUUUGAUGGAAUCUAGCUGAGGCGUGAAGCUGCUCAUGUUGAAUUGUUUCCCAAUACUUCAGGACUCCAUCAAGGAGGUGGUGCAUUCAGAAGAAAAGGGAAGAGGAGUAAAACUGGGCAAAAGUUAUUUCUAAUUAAUCUUUAUGUUUAAAAUAUAGCAGUAGUGUGCUUUUUGACUCUAAGUAAAAGCUGCUGGUCCUCUCAAGUUGCUACACUGGAUUGUAGCAAAUUUGUUUUCAUAUUUGUGAGCCAAGUUUUGUUGCUACACAUGUAGUGUCAAAAAUAAUACGUAACCUUCAGUUCCCAAUAAAAACUGUAAAACUUUGGAAAUGC